AUGAAUUGUAAUUAUCAAAAUUUGUAAAUCAUUAUUACAAAUUAAAUGUAAGACACAUACACAUAUUAAGUAUUCUCUCUAUAUAUUCUUAGAUUCUUAAGAAAUGCAAUGGUAAAGUAAUUAUGUAGAUUGAUGAACAUUUAUUAGACAUCAUCAAUGCUCAUCUUACUAUUAAACCUCAAUCAUAAUAGACUGAAGUACCAUACUCAAUUAAGAAAUAACAUAAUUUCUAACGUAGAAUUGUGCCAUUCUUUAUGAAUCAAUUCAUGCAUUGGGCUGAAGAAAUGGGAUAUAAAUAAGUUGAUGGCUAUUUGAGAGCUAUUCAUAAGAAAAAGACUUCAAAGCAAUAAAAAUUUGAAUUAGGAGACCUGAAAAAACUAUUUGGAGCAAUAAAUCCUAGAACAAAGAUUAUUUAAUUAGAAACAUAACACAAAUGGAUAGAAUUCUUAGGAACAUAAGCUGAAAUUUGUGUGCUUAUCAAUAACAAAAUUAAAGAUCAGAUUACUAAAUAGAUGUACAUCUAAGCCAUUGAAUAACUUAAAGAAUAGCUACAUAAGGAAUAACCUUAUGAUAAAUUCUUAAGUCUCUCAAAAAAAGAUGAAGUAAAAGAGGAGUCUAUUAAAGAAGAAUACUCAAGUUGUGAAGUUCCCACUGAUGAGUAUGCACCAACUUAUUAUCAAGAUCCAUAUUCUUAUUUAAGUUGUGCUUACAAUAGUGAGUUCUGA